GAGCCAUGGAGGAGGCGUCGCCCUCGCUGCUGAGUUGCAGUAAGCCGCACCUGGAGAAGUUGACACUGGGCAUCACCCGCAUCCUAGAAUCUUCCCCAGGUGUGACAGAAGUGACCAUCUUAGAAAAGGCACCUGCUGAACGUCAUAUGAUUUCUUCAUGGGAACAAAAAAAUAACUGUGUGAUGCCUGAGGAUCUAAAGAACUUUUACCUAAUGACCAAUGGCUUCCAUAUGACAUGGAGUGUGAAACUGGAUGAGCACAUCAUUCCAUUGGGCAGCAUGACAAUUAAUAGCAUCUCAAAACUGACUCAGCUCAACCAGUCUUCCAUGUAUUCACUUCCUAAUGCACCAACUCUGGCAGACCUGGAGGAUGAUACAUACGAAGCAAGUGAGGACCAGCCAGAGAAACCUCACUUUGACUCUCGCAAUGUGAUAUUUGAGCUGGAUUCAUGCAGUGGGAAUGGGAAGGUUUGCCUUGUUUACAAAAGUGGGAAGCCAGCAUCAGCCCAAGACACUGAGAUCUGGUUUCUGGACAGAGCAUUAUACUGGCAUUUUCUCACAGAUACCUUUACUGCCUAUUAUCGCCUGCUUAUCACCCACCUGGGCCUGCCCCAGUGGCAGUAUGCCUUCACCAGUUAUGGUAUUAGCCCACAAGCCAAGCAAUGGUUCAGCAUGUAUAAACCUAUCACCUACAACACAGAUCUGCUCACGGAAGAGACCGACUCCUUUGUGAACAAGUUGGAUCCUAGCAAAGUGUUUAAGAGCAAGAACAAGCCCUUAAUUCCAAAAAAGAAAGCGGCUGUGCAGCCUGCAGGUGGCCAGAAAGGGCCCUCGGGUCCUACUACCUCUAAACCCUCCUCUGGACCUGGAAACCCUGUCCGGAAGUGAGCACCCCCACUAUCGGCUCUCCACCAGCCCCACAGCAGUGAUUUCCAUGCACUCAUGGGCCCAACCUCAGAUUUUGCAUGUAACUGUAGGCAUCUUCCCAAGUAACCAAAAUUUCAGCCAUUUUAUCCACCCCCUGCCCUCCAACAUUAGCCAGGGGUUGGAAGGGCAUCCUGAGUUUUUAUCCCCAAGAGUUCUUCACAGUGGGUUUUUCCAGUUCCUGCCUCCAAAAGCUGUGAAUUUAAGUUCUUUAAGGGACCAGAGAGGUCUAUUGAGCUUUCCUUUCUAUCUGUACCCAACCCUCAAUCUCUUAGCUAGAAAAGUCCUCCAAAAAACCCCUGGUUUUGACCCUUGAAGCAUUAGAACUGCACUGUUCAAACAGUAGCAACUAGUCACAUGUGGCAUAAAAACUUAAAUUAUAUGAAAAAUUCAUAACCUCAGUAGCAUUAGUCACAUUUCAAGUAUUCACAUGGCUACUAGACUAAAUAUUGGACAGUAGAAAGAUAUGGAACAUAUUCUUUGCAGAAAGUUGUUUUAUAUAUAAUUGUUUUAAGUUGUCAGUGGAUCUUUAUUUAUUUAUAUGUGGUGCUGAGGAUCGAACCUAGGGCCUCACACAUGCCAGGCAAGUGCUCUACCACUGAGCCACAACUCCAGCCCUGCAGAAAGUUGUUUUGGACAGCACUGCAGUAGAAUAUUUUCAUACUCAGAUUAGUUAAUUUCUUUUGUUGAUGAUACCCAAACUUAAUGGGUUGCAGUGUUUCAUAAAAACUUUAGAAGAUUCAAUUGUAUGUUCUUAAUGAAUACAUUUCACUCUGUUCAUUUUCCUUUAGUUUCUUAAAGUUUGCUUUCUAUUUUGUGAUGUUUACACAUUUGCCAAAAAUUUGAGAUGUAUUUCUGUACUUUAGUCUAACCCUUUAAAAGUAAAAACACCCAGGCAUCAUGUUGGAAAACUCUUCAUAGAGUUUUAAUGAAACUAGUUAAUAUUAACAGCAGCUUUCUACCUGCUGUGACUUGUCUAGUCCCACCCUGGUUUGUCAUUGGCCAUACUUAGGAUGGGAAAGCCUUUAUAAUAUGAUGGAAUUCCAAGAUUCCUUUGCAAGUUUCCUGUAAUUCAGAAAUCAUUUUCCCCAUAGACACGUAGGAGUAUUAGACCUCUAGCCAGCCCACAUGUGCCUAAUAUUUGACACAAGAUAAACCUGAAUUUACCUACUAUGUACAUCUAAUGGAAUUUCUACAGCGUUGUUCAGGCUUUCAAUUAAGAAUGUUUUCUAACUUUGCAGCCCUGACAGUGGGCACAAGCAAACCUUCACUCCACUUCUCAGCAGGGAAAUCCUAUCAUCCACCCAGCCUCAGGAUCCUUGAGUGACUGUAGUUUUUUCCCUGAAAUUCCAAAGGUUGGAAAAUGUCAUUGCUGAAUAGUGAGAGGCAGGACCUUCUACAUCUGUACACUUCAGUCCUGACUGGCUCACUCAUUCUUCCCUGACUUUUCUUCCAUGAUUGCCUAGACUCUCUUCUUUGCAGACCUCAAUCUGCUAAUCAGUCCAGGGCUUUGCUCUUCCAUGGCCCACCAGGGAGCUUAAAGAAGUCCCCACAAUUGCUCACCUGCACUUCUGACACCACUUUGAGUAUUUAUGAAGUUUUAAAUUUUUGUUUUGAUUGCUGAUUAUAGUGAUAGAUAUGAAAAAGAGGCUUUCAAUCCCCCUCCAUCUACUACUUCACACAGCCCCUGAGGAAAACAAGGUAAAGAGUUGGCCUUCAAGGAUCAUGGGUGCUUCACCACUGUUGUAAUGGUUCUAAGUCUUGAAAUACUAGUGUUCAAAAGUCUUUGGGAGAGCUAGAGACAUGGCUCAGUGGUAGAGCACUUUCACAGCAUGCACAAGGCCCUAGGCUCCAUCCCCAACACUGCCCCCCCAAAAGAAAAUACACAUUAACAGCAUAUUCAGUUGCUUUAAAUAUGCCAGCAUGACAGCUAUUCUGGCUAACUUCUAAUGGAAAAUGUUUAAAAUAACAGCACCUCUGGCCUUUGCAGUUCCAUAGCUAACCAUUUAUAUAAUUCAGCGUGGACAUUCAAAUGUUUUUGUGUUUUUUUAACAAGUACAUGCCUGUGUCAAAUUUUCCCUAAUUUAAGUGUUUUACCCCUUUUAAAUUAAUUGUUUAGGUUAUUACAUUUUGAGCAUUUAUAAAUGUGCAGCAAUUCAAGGGAGGUCCAAUAGCACCAGUCCAGCAUUUGACUGCUUCUUCAAGACAAGGUUAGAAAGAAAAUGAGAAGGCAUGUCAUUCUUCAUUGCCACAGAUGUCCUUCCUAUAGUACCCAAGGAGCCCAUUGGAGGACCAGUUCAGUUUUGGUCCAGUUCUAGAUUCCAUAAGUGAAACAACAGAAGAACCAGGAGAGCAAUAGUGCCCUUCAAACCAGUGGCAAUCAAUGGGAGUCUUCCAAAGACUGUAGAAGGAAGGCAGUUAGGAUAAAGAAAAGCUCAAGACCUGCCUCAGAAGGAAGAGUGAUGAAAAAGCAGAGCUGGUUACAUCAUAUGCAGGACUCAGUACAAAAUGAAGAUGUGAACCUCUUGUUCAAAAAUCAGAAAAAACUACCAUUAAAGGCCCUAAAAUGUGCUUUUCCUUUCUUCCAUGGUUUCCUACAACUUGUUAUGGUGAUGUUUUCUGUUUGCUCCUUAAUACUGUUAUAAGGAAAAUUAAAAUUUUUAAAUUAGUAUGCA